UCCGGGUUUGCUCCAUCCAACUCCACGUGAGUUCUAUCUGCUCGAGACAAAUGACAACAAACACUUUAAUUAUGAAUGGAAACGAGGACGAGGACGAGGACUUCAGAGACUUUGUGGCCCUUCAUGCCGGGGCCCUGCAGUCCUCCGGAAUCCCUCUUAUCUACUGGAGGAGCCUGCAUGACAAAAUCACCAACGAGAUUUAUGAUGCUGGGGAAGUUUUUGGCAUCAUGCAGCUCCAACAACACAAGGAGGAAGAGGAGGAGAAUGAAGAGAAUGAGAAGAAGAGGGUCAACCCAGGAACAGGGAUGAGCUGUAAAGUGGUUGUGACCCGGGACAGUGGGCUGCAGGUCUCUGAGCCGACCAGUGUGUUCCUGGUGGAUCACGCCUGGACGUACCGCGUGGAACAGUGCCGUCAGCAGCUGGAGCAGAUCCCCGGCCUGCUGCCCAGAAUGGCCGCCCUCAUGGGGGUGGACUUCCACGGCGAGGCCCCUGACCCAGACACAGUGGAGCUGGUGAUGGAGGACAUGUGGAAGUACAACCAGACUUAUAACCUCUCCGAGGGGUCUCCGGAGGACAAAGUCCCAGUGUGGUACAUCAUGGAUGAGUUUGGCUCCCGGGUGCAGCACUCAGACCAGCCCAGCUGCCGCAUGGCCCCCUUCUUCUACAUGCAGGGGGGGCUCGCCUACACUCUGCUCUGGCCUCUGCAUGACCUGCAGGAAGGAGGUGAACACAAGGACUAUAAAACAAGAAAGCCUCAGCCUGUAAGGGUUUACUCCGACCUGUCCCAAGUAACAAACAACCUGACACACCAGCGGUUCCAGCUCACUGAGGACAAGGAGGAGGCGGACAUCAUUUGGGGAUAUACUCACAUCAAAGACUACAGGAAGCUGAGCGAGGAACGACCUCAUGUGAUGCUGAACCAGUUUCCCUGUGAGAGCAUCAUCACGGUGAAGGACUGCAUGGCUGCCGUGGCUCGAAGGGCAAAAUGCGGCCAACAACCUGAUUGGCUCCCAGAGACCUUUAACCUCCACUCAGAGCUGCCGCAAUUCAUCAAGCAUUAUAAACAGAGACAUCAGAGGGGGAAGGAUAAUCAUUGGAUCUGUAAGCCCUGGAAUUUGGCCCGUGGACUGGACAUGCACAUCACCAACAACCUGGACUACAUUAUCAGACAAAGAGAGAGUACACCAAAGGUGGUGUGUAAGUACAUUGAAGACCCAGUGCUGUUCAACAGAGAGGAGGUGGGAAUGGUGAAGUUUGACAUUCGCUACAUGCUGAUGUUGCACUCUGUGCAGCCUCUGCGUCUCUACGCCUACAACGUCUUCUGGUUGCGCUUUGCUAAUAGCAGUAUUGGGAGCAGGGGUGGAGACCUCACACCUGGUGCUAAUCACUCCCUCAAGGGAGACAAAGCACACAGAGUUGCUCAGUUGUGUGAGGAGCCAUGGAGGGAGCAGGAGGCUCCCAGUGCUGAGGUGUUUAAAGCGUUCAGGGAGUUCUUCGAGGCAGCCUCGUCUCGACCGCCUCCGUACGGUAUUUGUUCCUACCCGCCAUCCCGGGCCAUCUAUGCCGUAGACCUCAUGCUGAAGUGGAGUACGGGGGAAAAAGGCGAGCGCGUCAUGCAGCCUCAGAUCCUGGAGUUUAACUUCAGCCCCGACUGUGCCAGGGCCUGCCUCUACCACCCCGACUUCUACAACCACAUGUUCCAGACUCUGUUCCUGGAUCAGCCCGAGCAAUGCCCGGUCACACAAAUCGCAUGAUCUACUGUACGCUGUAUUUUUUUUUUUAUACAGCGUCACAUUCACUUCGUUUUGUGUCAGUCUAAAACUGAUUUACCAUCUGAACCGACAAGGUUCUCUAAACGCUGGGUGUAACAAACGCAGUGAUUACAAAUGAAUGUACAAAUUACAAAAAAAUUAAACUUUUGGAUAAACUAGGAUUUUAUUGUAGUGGCAAUAAAGAUUGGAUAUUUAAUAAAUGUUUGCACGGAAAAAUAUUCAAACAUUACAGAGUCACAUGUUCACGGCAAUAGUGUGCAAGGUCUGAACAAAAGAUGUGUGUGCUGUGUCUGGUUAACGUGGAGCCGUUGAAACACCUGCGACCUUGAGAAUGAUAACCCAGUCCAAAAAACAACUCCCUAUCUAGUUAUACAAAGCUACACAGUAAGUGGUCAAUUAAAACAUAUUUUUGUAUUAUUUAGUAAAAAUGAAAGCACACACCUAUAAUUCAGGAUGUCUCC